AAACCAGCAAAAUGUUGUUUUAUACAGGACUUGUCAUCGUGGCUUGUAUUGUUUCUUCCAAUGCAAUAUUCGAAAAGAAAUGUGACGCUGUCGACUUGGUUUUCAUAGUCGAUACAUCAAACAGCAUUUGGCCCGUGAACUUCGAUAUGUACAUUAAACCCUUUCUCCAAAAUGUAACCGAAAUGUUCUUAAUUGGACCUGGAAAUAAAGAUUCGAGAGUAGGACUGGUUACUUAUAGUGAUGACUAUCAUCUACAAUUUCACCUGAACUCUCAUUUGACAUCAUCAUCACUCACACAAGGAAUCAAGAACAUGAACUUCCCCAGGGGAAACACCUAUACUCACAAAGCAUUGGAGUACGCAACAGAGACAAUGUUCACUGAGAGACACGGUGAUCGUGAAGAUGUACCAAAUCUUAUCAUCAUUAUAACUGACGGAGUUUCAGCAAAACCAACGCUAACAAAGACUGCAGCUGAUGAAGCAAAACGCCGAGGAAUACAAGUAUUUGCCAUUGGUGUGGGGAUUGAUGUUAACAGUGGAGAACUGGACGAUAUGGCUAGCGAGCCACAUGAGACCUUCGCUUUUAGAAUAUCAGAAUACAGCGCUCUCAGGCAGAUCAGCAGAAAUUUUGCAAAUAAAAGAUGUGGAGUUCUUUCAACACCAAAACCAUCGACAACUACAAGGCUCACAACAACUACAAGACCCACAACAACAACUACAAGACCCACAACAACAACAACCACAAAACCUACAACAACAACCACAAGACCCACAACAACAACUACAAGGCCCACAACUUCAACCACAAGACCCACAACAACAACUACAAGGCCCACAACAACAACUACAAGACCCACAACAACAACUGUAGGAACAACAACCGAUGGUUUUAAUAAUGACAAAAAUGCCAACGUAACUUAUUGUGCAGGAAAACCAGCCGACAUAUUUUUCGUAUUGGAUUCGUCUACAAGUGUUUACAUCAACGACUUCAGAUUUAAAAUGCUUACCUUUGUUCGAGAUGUUAUACAUUCCUUUGAUAUCUCUCCUGAAGCCACACGAGUUGGUUUAGUCACUUACUCAGAUGAUGUGAAUCCAGUUUUUGGUUUGAAAGCUCAUAGAAAUAAAGCUAGUCUUUUAAAAGCAAUACAGCCUGAAAGUGUGGAAUACUUGAGUGGAUCGACUAAUACUGCUGAAGCUAUCAAGUAUGUUAGAACCGAGGGAUUUAAACGAGGAGGCUCAGUUCGUCCGGAUGCUGCCCAUGUUAUCAUCAUCAUUACCGACGGCAUUUCCAAAGACCCCGAAUACACAAAGCUAGAAGCCAAAAGGGCAAGGGCGGAAGGCGCUGAUAUAUUUGCAAUUGGUGUAGGAAAAUUCACGGAUGAUGAAGAGCUUAAAGGCAUUGCAAGUGAUCCUGACAGCAAAUACCUAUUUAGUGUGAACAACUAUGCUGCAUUGAAUACCAUUCGUAAUUUACUGGCUCGUGAAACCUGUGACGCAAUAUCAACACCAGUACCUAAUGAUCAAACCACACAAUCAGGUCUACCUAUUUGCUCGCCGUCAAAUAUCCAUUUUGUUUAUGAAUCUGGAAGUAAAUCAUUCUCAGAACGAAAUGCUUUGAUGAACACCAUGAGAAGAUUCACCACAGAUGAAAGAUAUAGAGGAUUACCCAUCAAAACGUCACUGACCACGGAUCCUUGUACUGCUUCAAAUAAGAUACCGUUCGCAAAAUUGGAAGAAUUCCGUCAACAACUUGAUGAAAUGAGAAGUAUCCAGAAAGUAACUAUGCAUUCGUUGAUCAAAAGAGUUCGUCGGAAGUAUACCAACGUUCAACCGGAAGUUACUAAAGUAAUGGUAGCUUUUGUUGACGAGGACACUGACGACCUGAAGAGAAUAUACAGAGAAAUCAGAAAUGCCGAAUAUUGGGGAUUUAAAAUAAUGUUGGUAGCAAUAGGAAAUGUUGACCAGAAGUUCUUGAACAUGGUAGAUUCUUCAGCUCAAAGAAAUGUUGUAAGAGUUAAUGGUUAUGGAGAUUUAAAUAAGUUGGUACUCGAUGUACCCUAUUUGAGAUGUGGUGAAAACCAUACCCAAACCACAAUCAAAGUCAGUACAACAAACAAACCAAGAACCACAACCCAAUUUCAAAUACCAUCAAGAUCUCCAAGAUAAAUUGUGAUACGGAUAAUGCUAUCGAGUGUUUGAACUUCCGACAACAUUGUCAAUUGGUGCAAUAUUCUACGUACUUUGAACUUUAUGUUAAGUGUGAGUGUAUGAGAAAUUGGACGAGUAAUGUGUAAUGUGUAACGAGAACAUGAAGGUAUGAAUGAGAACAUGAAGGUAUGAAUGAGAACAUGAUUAUAUGAAAGACUCGGCUUUAUCCGGAAAUAAAGUCUAUUUCGCAAUAAUGGUGGAUCACAUGGCUACCUACAACUUUGUGUUCCAAAAGCAGAUUUUGUGACAUGAGUAAAUUGUUGUAUUUUAACAAACGUGUGUGAUAAUAUUAUUUAGCGAGCCAUAUUAGAUCUGAUAUUUAAGAACAAUAUGCAUAAGUGUUAGAUGUCGCUGUCGGUGUUCUGAACGGUGAUUUUUUUGCAAUAAUAUUAUAUAGACAUUCUUCGUACCGUAUUUACAAUUUUUUAAAUGUUUUAUAUUUUAAUUAUUGAAUUUGAUUUAUUUUUGUAUCUUAUUACUACUACUUACGUCAGCUUUUAACAAAUAAAUUACAUUUUUUAAA